CACUGAGACUUAUUCGACAAAGACUUGCGCUUCACGUGGAAAUUCUCUAUUGUUCGCGUUGAAAAACGCACGUGUUCGCGAAUGUGACAAAUUUUAUUUAUUUAUUUAAAUCUGACUUGUAAAUCGCUAAUUAAAACAAAGUGCUCGGUGUUAAACAGGAAUAAAAUGGUUCAGAUUAUAAACGGACGAAAUAUUGCAGAUGAAAUUCAAAAUACGCUUCGCUGCGACAUAAACGCGUGGGUGAAGACCAGCGGCCGGAAACCUUCUCUGGUUGCCGUCCUGGUCGGAGACGACCCCGCGAGUAUAAAAUAUGUCGAAAAGAAAAUGGAAGCAGCGGCAUAUGUCGGAAUUGAUAGUAAGAUAGAGAAAUUGCCAGACACGAUUUCCGAAGUAGAGCUAAUCUCGAAAAUCCAACAAUUGAACGGCGAUGUGUCCGUCGACGGGAUUUUGGUACAGCUUCCCGUACCUCCCCAGAUCUCCGAGCGUAACGUGUGCAACGCUGUCGAUCCUAUUAAGGAUGUAGACGGAUUUCACUAUAGUAACGCGGGAAAGCUGUGCCUGAAUAUGGAAAGUUUCGUCCCUUGCACAGUUUUGGCUGUAAUCGAGGUGUUGAAACGAGCAGGGGUUGAAACGUUCGCAAAAAACGUCGUCGUCGUCGGUAGAUCCAAGCAUAUUGGUUUGCCGCUUUCUGUCAUUUUAAAUUCCGAUGCCCGAAAUGAAUUGCCAGGUUUGGAAGCGACCGUUACAGUGUGCCAUAGAAACACGCCUCCAGAACAGCUUUGCAUCUUCACUAAACUAGCAGAUAUCAUCAUUAGUGCAACUGGAGUCGUUCAUCUUAUUAAAGAAGACAUGGUGAAACCUGGUGCGUGCGUUAUCGAUGUGGGCAUGACCAGAAUAACAACGGCAGAGGGCAAAGUCAGACUGGUGGGCGAUGUUGAUUUUGACAAUGUUAAGAAUGUUGCCGAAUGCAUUACUCCAGUCCCAGGCGGUGUGGGUCCUGUAACUGUUGCUAUGUUAAUGAAAAAUACAUUUAAAGCCGCAAAGAUGCAUGUUAGUUAAUGCUGACUUGGACAUCGGAACGUGUAACUAAUUCAACUGGUGCUUUAUCGUAUUAUGCCAGUAUUACUAAUAAUUUAAAUUCAAAAUUUAAAACUUUUAAGUAUUAUUUUGUAAAACAAAAAUUAUACUACCAACUGUA